GCGGCCGCCGCGGCCGACCGGGUUUCUAGCCCCGUCGCUUCGCGAAAAGAGAAAAAGUUUCCAGUGCAGGAAGGAAAUGCAUUUGCUUUGGGCAGUUUGAAGAGGGCCAUGAGGAGGGAGGAGAGGGCUGCUCUUGGAUUUGGGGGCGAGGGUGGGGAAACUUGAAUCCGGAGAGCGCGCGUGGCGCAGAGCUGGCGCUUCGGGACUGAGAGUGGGGACGCCGCGCUGACACUGAGCGCCGGGCAUCCUCGGAGCGGCGCCGGGAGAACCUGGGGCGCUCCUCAGCCCUGCUCCGCUUGGAGUCUCUCUCCUCGGAAGGCGGACCGAGGCCCCGAAUGUCCGCGCUGACGGAGCUGUGGUCUGGGCGCGCCGCGCGGGUGUUGGUCGCUGUUUGACUUCCGAAUGCUUUUAAGAAAGCGAAGCACACACCCGCCAGCCUCGCAUGGGGCCGCUUGUGCAGACUGCAUUUCGGAAGCUAAGAGGCCAAGUUGGCACUUAGCGUAUCACCUGGACUCAGAUGUGAACAGUGAUGGCACACAUUUUGGUCACAAGUCGUUCAGUGGACUGUGGAUUGACCAACCAGUAUCCAUUCCCAUCAUGAUGUACACCACUAAGGCUCUUCACUACACCUACGUUCUGAUCAGAGGCCACAGAGAUGAUAUUCAGAACUUCCACUAAGGUACUGUAAGACUAUGUCAGAGAAUCACAAUGACCUUGCACAAUAAUACAACCUCGCCUUUGUUUCCAAACAUCAGCUCUUCCUGGAUACAUGGCCCCUCAGAGGCAGGACUGCCCCCAGGAACAGUGACUCAUUUUGGCAGCUACAACAUUGCUCCAGCAGCUGGGAAUUUCUCCUCUCCAAAUGGCACCACCAGUGACCCUUUGGGAGGUCAUACUAUCUGGCAAGUGGUCUUCAUUGCAUUCUUAACAGGCGUCCUGGCCUUGGUGACAAUCAUUGGCAACAUCCUAGUGAUAGUGGCAUUUAAGGUCAACAAGCAGCUGAAGACAGUCAAUAACUACUUUCUCUUAAGUUUGGCCUGUGCUGACCUGAUCAUUGGGGUCAUUUCAAUGAAUCUGUUUACCACCUACAUCAUCAUGAACCGCUGGGCUUUAGGGAACUUGGCCUGUGACCUCUGGCUUUCCAUUGACUAUGUGGCCAGCAAUGCCUCGGUCAUGAACCUCCUGGUCAUCAGCUUUGACAGGUACUUCUCCAUCACGAGGCCACUCACAUACCGAGCCAAACGAACAACAAAAAGAGCUGGUGUGAUGAUAGGUCUGGCCUGGGUCAUCUCCUUCAUCCUCUGGGCUCCUGCCAUCUUGUUCUGGCAGUACUUUGUUGGGAAGAGAACUGUGCCCCCAGGAGAAUGCUUCAUUCAGUUCCUCAGUGAGCCCACCAUCACCUUUGGCACGGCCAUCGCUGCCUUUUAUAUGCCUGUCACCAUUAUGACUAUUUUAUACUGGAGGAUCUAUAAGGAAACUGAAAAGCGUACCAAGGAGCUUGCUGGACUGCAAGCCUCUGGGACAGAAGCAGAGUCAGAAACCUUUGUCCACCCCACAGGCAGCUCUCGAAGCUGCAGCAGCUAUGAGCUUCAACAGCAAAGCAUGAAACGCUCGGCCAGGAGGAAGUACGCAGGCUGCCACUUCUGGUUCACAACCAAGAGCUGGAAGCCCAACGCUGAGCAGAUGGACCAGGACCACAGCAGCAGCGACAGCUGGAAUAACAACGACGCUGCUGCCUCCCUGGAAAACUCCGCCUCCUCCGAUGAGGAGGACAUUGGCUCAGAGACCAGAGCCAUCUACUCGAUUGUGCUCAAGCUUCCGGGUCAUAGCACCAUCCUCAAUUCCACCAAAUUGCCCUCAUCAGACAACCUGCAGGUGCCCGAUGAGGAGCUGGGGAUGGUGGACUUGGAGAGGAAGGCCAGCAAGCUGCAGGCCCAGAAGAGCAUGGAUGAUGGAGGCAGUUUUCAGAAAAGCUUCUCCAAGCUUCCCAUCCAGUUAGAGUCCACCAUGGACACAGCCAAGACCUCUGAGGUCAACUCCUCAGUGGGUAAAACCACGGCCACUCUUCCCCUGUCCUUCAAGGAAGCCACUCUGGCCAAGAGGUUUGCCCUGAAGACCAGGAGUCAGAUCACUAAGCGGAAACGGAUGUCUCUCAUCAAAGAGAAGAAAGCGGCCCAGACCCUCAGCGCCAUCUUGCUUGCCUUCAUCAUUACUUGGACCCCCUACAAUAUCAUGGUUCUGGUGAACACCUUUUGUGACAGCUGCAUACCCAAAACCUAUUGGAAUCUGGGUUACUGGCUGUGUUACAUCAACAGCACCGUGAACCCCGUGUGCUAUGCCCUGUGCAACAAAACAUUCAGAACCACCUUCAAGAUGCUGCUGCUCUGCCAGUGUGAUAAGAGGAAGCGGCGGAAGCAUCAGUACCAGCAGAGACAGUCGGUCAUCUUCCACAAGCGUGCACCUGAGCAGGCCUUGUAGGGUGAGGGUUCCUUGCUAGCAGUGGUCAAACGCACACAUCAACCCACAAACCUUACAGGGAGCAAGGUGAGGGUGGGGAUGAUUGCUGGUGAUGAUAAACAUGUUCUUAUCACCCAGAUGUGGAAGAAGCCGCCUGUUCACUGAUCCACUGAAUAAACCCAUUUUCGUAAAAAAGUCAAAUACCAAUUCAGAAAAAAAAAUUACUUAAUAUAAAGAAAUUUAUUCUGAAAUAGACUUUGUUUUUUCUUAAAGAGAAAAAAAAUAUUGUUCCACAGCAGUCGUACACCCAAAUUGACCUGCUUGGUUCUUUUCAUUCCCAUUAGCUCUGGAAUCUCAGAUGAGCAUAAGUAGCCAGCCCAAGUUGCCACCUUCUUUUCCAGUAUCCCUAAAGUGUCAAUGCAGAUCCAGUUCCGGGAAUGUGGAACACGUCAGGCUAGUGAAUCUGUGGCUCUGAAAUUAUUUCGUGCUUUGCAAAGCUGAACCUCCUUGUCCCAGUAGAGCCGCCAUCUUCUCUCUGGUGUGCUGUUAAACUCUAUUUGUGGACUUGAUUCUCUCCCAGUACUGUUUUGUGCAGUUCAAGUUUCGUAUCAAUAAAAAUCUAUAAGUAUAAGUAUAUGUGUGUGUGUGUGAGAGAGAGAGAGAGUUCUGAGCACACGCACACACAGUGUAUAUAAUAUAACGGGAAUCACUGAACUAGCAAAUGAUUCCUGCAAUCCGUGCUUUCAGUGCUUUGGUAACUAAAGUUCUCUAGGAUCCUAACAAUGCAAACGAGGAAAUAACCCAGUGUAAAGUUUGGAAGCCAGGGCUGUGCGCUACAAGCCUCCCUGGAGAGACCGGCAGGGGGCGCGGCCGCGGGGCGGGGUCUGCACGGAGUCUCCGGGCGGCCGAGCCCGGCCAGCUCCCCGCCUCGCCGACCUCAACGGGGCUGCCUCAGAGGGGCCCUCGGCGCUGAGCGAGCCGCACCUGCGUUUGAGUUCAGUCGCCCGGAUCCGAACGUUUCCACACACAGUCUCUGCCAUCCGACCUGCCUGGAACUUGGUAGCAGUGUCGCGUCGGAGUGUCACACAGCAGCGCGGACGGCAAAGCCAAGGACGCGGCGAGGAGCGCGGACUCGGAGCCCGGCGCGCGGCUCCGGCCCCCGGCUGCCCCGCGGCGACGAAGGACCGACGCCUGGCUCCGAGCUGUGGCCGCCGCUGUCUGGCGCGCUUCGGUGCCCUUCGCCCAGUAGUCGGUGGGGUUUAGGAAGUCACACGCACUCGGGAGAAACUGUUACACUGAAAAGUACUGCUCGACACUGAUUUCCUUACAUUUUAAAGCGAUGAUUUCGCAUUCUCCUCUGAACUGGGCGAAUGCUCCGUGCUGCUGGGGGAGGGGGCCGCUGUUGCUUCAUCCCUGUCGCUGCUGUAGUUGCGGUUCCUUCAUCUCCUUUGGCUGGGCUGUGCGGGGGGAGGCGGGGGCGGGCGGCUGAGGACAAAUCUCCUCUUCGUCCUGGCCUCGGCGUCGUGCGCCUGCAGCCGGGCUGGAAGCUGCUUUUGUGUUCAGUGUGAGCUGGUGUUUACAGGUGACUGACUCAGUGGUGUCUGUGUUUGAACUAUUUAAUUUCGUGCUAUGUUUAUAUGAAGAAAUAUUCAUGCAUCCUUCACCAAGUGUCUAUUUAAUGUGGAUAAAUAUUAUUCUUCAGUCUUCAGCCCUGCCAUCCCUUGAAAGUGAUUCCUUAAGGUCCACUUGAGCGAUGGCUUCAUUGAGCUUUCCUGUGGCUCAGAAGAGGAAGACUGUCACCCUCUUGUCAUCAUUAAGUACCCAGGUCACAAAGAGUCAACUGUGUCUUCAAUACACGUUUAAACCCACGCCUCAGUUAAACGUGGUGGAGCCUGAACAGACCAGCCCUCUGCCACUGUGUUUGAAAUCACAUGACGAGGGGGAAAAAUGCAAAUCACCAUGAUUGAAAGAAUGAUUUUUUUUUUGGCCCACAUUUACCAAAGAAUAAGAAAAACCAGAGACUAUUUUAUAAUGUGUAUAGCAACCUACGGAAUGUUAUGUUCUCCACUUGUGAAAUAUCUGGUGCACCACAAUUGCAUCUAUAUUUUCUUACUCCAGUUGGCCCAACACUAAUAAAUACGGGAAUGUGGAUUCACGUCUCCAGUACUUCAGCAAUUCCCAUUCCUUUUAAACUCCUAUCCUUCCUUCCAAAGGGCUGCUUCCUGUAUUAGAAAAAGUUAGAAUUACAUUUAAGAAAUGAAAAAACCCUUAGCUUUGGCAGAACUGCAAAGGUUAAUAACAAUUCUCUUAAACAUGAUUAUCUCCUGAUCCUUGUCCUUUUAUGCUGCUGAUAAAGGCAGAAAAGAAACAAAUCCAAGCCUAGCUCUCCUUUUCAGUUACUAGUUUGGUUUAAUUACAGAAUUGUUCUCAAAUCUCAUGGAUGAAAGCUGCUUUUAAAUACUGUCUACUGAUUAUGUUUAAAGAAAGGUAUGUCCAACUCUUAGGGUGUUGUCAGAGAAGGCAAAUAAGAAAGACAGAUUUCUUUGAAUAUGGAGAAUUCAGAAGUGUAAUCAACGCUGUAGUGAGUGUUUAUGCUCCAACAUAGCUACCAUUCAUUUCUCAAAGGGUUUGUCAUAGAGAAGGUAUUCGGCAUUUAUGUAAGAUCACAGUGUCUUCAUCCCCAAACAGGGAAUCUAACUAUUUCAUUCCAUAUGAAUGACGUUUGCAGAGAAUGAUUCACUUAAAUGGAAAGGGCAAAACAAACCUAAAAUAAACGACACAUGGAGAACAGCCCCAACACAAACACACACACACACACACGCGCACGCGCGCACAUGCGUGUGCGCACCCAUUCUCCCAUUCUUGGUUCUCCAGGACUUGCCGGAUGGACAAAGCAGCAAACUACCUGGCCCACUGUUUCUCACAGGUCUGCCCCCUGUGGCCCAUCACCUUGCUGUGGUCUCUCUUCUAGUUCUCCAUAUUAUCCCGAAUCAUCCUUGCCUUAAAUAUAACCUUGACUCUCAUCAUAUUUUCCAUUUCUAUUCACUCGUUCAUGUAUAAUAGUUCUGGACUCUGACAGCAAGGAAACAAAUCAUAAGGAUAGAGGCUGCACUGGCUGAAGAUCUAGAAGGCAU